AGACCCGGGAGGCCUCCGAAACGGACCCAGAGUAUAACAUCGCCGGAGAACCCUCACAUCAUGCCACACUCGGUGCCGGGCCUCAUGUCGCCGGGAAUCAUCCCCCCCACAGGCCUCACAGCCGCCGCUGCAGCAGCUGCGGCCGCCACCAAUGCUGCCAUCGCAGAGGCCAUGAAGGUGAAGAAGAUCAAACUGGAGGUGAUGAGCAGCUACCACGGAAGCAACACCCAGCUUGGGGCCGACUCAGAGAACGGAGACCUCAGCUCCAGUCUGGGCUUGGAACUGCCGUUUAUGAUGAUGCCCCACCCCCUGAUCCCUGUCAGCCUGCCUCCCGCAUCCGUCACCAUGGCGAUGAGUCAGAUGAACCACCUCAGCACCAUCGCCAAUAUGGCCGCCGCAGCACAGGGACAGAGUGCCCCAUCCCGAAUGGUGACAUCAGUGAUUAAGGAACGGGUCCCCGACAGUCCCUCCCCUGCCCCCUCUCUGGAAGACGGCAGGAGGCCGGGGAGCCGUCCCUCAUCCCAGCGCAGCAGCAGCGUCUCCAGCUCUCCCGCGCACACGGAGAGCUCCUCCGACAGAAUGCCUGUGCAUCAGAACGGACUGUCAAUGAACCAGGCUUUACUGGGCCUGUCUCCCAGCAUCUUACCUGGGCCUAAAGAGGGCGAUCUGGCAACUCAUGACAUCAGCCACGAGGCCAAGAGAAUGCACCUGGAGAAAG